AGCAAGCCCUCCCCUGUAGUUUGCUUGAGUCCAUGGAGGGGAAGGAGAGCAUUUUAGAAGCCAUAUACGAAGAGUCGGAGUUUGAGGCCGACGAGGAAACCCUAGGCGCCGACGGUCUCCAAGAAGAUGUGGAGAUGCUCGAUGCCGAAACCCUAGUCGCCGACGGCGGACGGCUGGCAGGGCACGGCCCCCCCUCGGUCGGCGGCUUCGACGGGGGCGGUGAUCAGGCGGGCGGGGGAGGUUCUCGCGCCAGGAACCAGAGGCGGAGGGCGAACAAGAAGAAGAACCGAAGGAAGAAGAAGGGCGGCGCCGCUUCCACUAUCACGGAUAUCAAUAGGUUUGUUAUAGACACAUGCAGGCGCUUGAAAGAGAAGAAGUCAUACUUGGUUUGGAAUGCUAUAGGUUGUCUCGGUGUUUUGGCUAUCAGCGAUCUUGUGAAAGAGGUUGAAGCCAUUCAGAGCUGUGGAGGGCGGAAGACCGUUGAUGGAAGGCGCUUCCGCACAGGUGGUGGAAUUUUAUGGAAUAUUCUGAAAACACGUGAGCCAAAUGUGUACAAAGAAAUCAUGGCAAAGGGGAAGGCAUUUGAGAGGCAAUUUAGGCAUGCAAAAGCUCCACAAGUAACAGGCAAGGGUGAAAUAGCUACUUCUCAGAGUACAAAUGCACCUGUCGAGGUAGCAGAAGAAAUGGACGGUUCUGAGCAAAUGGCAGAUAUUAAUCAACAACGUGAAUCAUCUGAUACCAAGAUGGACCGCAAAUCAGUGCUGGAUAGGCUAAGAGUGCCAGUUGCUUAUGAUGACCUGUUUGAAGAGGGUGAGAUACGAGAAUCUGCCUAAAUUUUUUCAUAAAGGUGGAUCACACCCAUCAAAGAGUAGUUUCAUGGUCAAUCUUAUUUAACUGAUGAUCAGCGUUUUCAAACAGAGAGACAACUGGAAUUUUUCAGUUGAGGCGCUCGGACAUUGUUUUUUUUUUUUCAGAAUUAAAAGCAUUAAUGUAGAUUGCAUGUCUUGAUGAAAUCUUGGCCUUGAUUGGUGAAUGUUGGGGUAAGUUGAGGACAUUUUCCUUGGUUGGAGCUCCAGCUGAUGAGAUCUCUCUUUUUUUGUUUUUCUGGAAUUUACAAGAAAUAUAAAGAAAGAAAAUAUUUUUUUAA